UAAAAAUACAAUGGUCGCUUUAGAAACCAGAGAGACUAACCAGGUCGAUUUAGCGGAAAAACUGGAUCAGAGCUGUCAAAUUCAAUCCAGUGAUGAUACCACUAUUAGUAAAGCCAGUAGCAAAAAGAAGAAGAAUAAGAAAAAGAGCCAAGCCGUCGAGAGCCUGAAUCCCUUUUAUCAAGAAUCAAUGAAACAGUAUCCCGUCAAGGUCAAUAUUACAAGGACAAAGGGUCGUCAUGCUAUUGCUUCGGAAAAUUUAAAGGAAGGCGAGGAACUUCUUAUUGAAAAGGCCACUUCGUUUGUUGUUAGAUCCGAGUUUAUUGACCAACAGUGCCAUAUUUGUUUAAACGAUCUGGAUGCACAAAAAAUCAAGUGCUCUGAUUGUAAUCUCUCAUUCUAUUGUUCCCAAUCUUGCAAGGACAAAGAUUAUUUACAUCCCUCUGUCUGCUAUCCUUUCACUCAAUUAUACGCUAUUGGACGUGCCACUGAUGUUGACCCCGAUUUACUUCGUUUAAUGACUAUUCUUAUUGCUCGUAAACAUACCGAUUGUACCGGUGAAUCAGCACACGAUAAAUCUACCCCUUUUUGGUGUGUUAAUGAUUUAGUGAGCCAUAGAGACAGCUGUAGUCCUGAUUUUAUUAAGGUUGUGACAGAUGCCUCUCAACGACUAUCAAUGGAAAUGUCUGAUACUAUUCGUAUUCCAGUAGACGAUAUGGUAACACUUGCUUGCAGAAUUAAUUCAAACGCGCAUGGGUUAGGCGACAAUCAAUCUAGAAAUACUGAUGUUGCACUUGGAUUAUUCCCACUCGCAGCUUUAUUUUUCAAUCAUAGUUGUAAUCCUAACUGUAUGUUUGUUGGCCUACCCGAUGGAAAACUAUCAAUGCGAACCAUCCGACCUGUUAGUAAGGACGAAGAACUAGUGGUGACCUAUAUCGAUCUUUAUUCCGACCGUGAUGAAAGAAGACAAGAAUUGUUUGAGACUAAGCAUUUCUGGUGUAAAUGCAAGCGUUGUGCCAGUCCUAUUGAAAAAUCCGUGGAUCGUUUUCUUCAAGGUGUUCUCUGUGACAGAUGUGAUGAAGAUGUCUAUGUGAUACCCCCUACAUCAAUGGAGAACUUGGUCAAGGGCCAGCGUAAUUUAUAUACCAGCACUGUUCCAUUCAAGUGCGCUUCGUGUGGUGACGAAAGCUCUCCUGAUGCCGUCCGUCAACAUUUAGAAGAUGCAAACAAAAUUUAUUCUUUGGGUAUGACCGCUAUUCGUCAAAAACGUGAUUAUAAAAGGGGAGCUGAAAAAUUGGAACUUUUGACCAAGAGUGAAUCCUCUCAUGGCGGCGAAUUACAUAUAUUGAACUCUUAUCGAUUCAAUUCGUAUAUCCCACUGAUGAACUGCAAACGCCAUAGCGGUGAUAUGAAAGGUGCGAUUGAAGUCAACAAAUUUAUUCUGAUCAUGUUGGAACAAUAUUCAGAGAUCGGUCUUUUGCCUGGAAACACAUCUGAGAUUUCUGAUUUCUGGCAAAAUCUUGGUGAGUUGUGCGAUAAAAUGGCGACUGAAUCAAGGGGUCGUAGCCAUGUCCUUGAAAAGAAGUGGUUAAAGGAAGCUCGUACCGCUUUUGUUCGUGCCUUGAAAAUGCGCACAAUCGUUUUUGGUAAAAAUCACCCCAAAACAAAAUUUGUCGAGAAAUUCGUUACCACCCUUACCUCAUCCUUAUAAUAUUUCACACGUUUUUUCUCCAUAUUCAUAAAUAAAAUGCCGUCAUGUGUAACGUUACCUAGACAUAUAAAAAACAAA